AAAUCUAUCGAUUCGGCUGUAAUUUAGUUUGUAUCAUUAUUGACGGUAAAUUCGCAAAGCAAUAGGGAAGUUGUAAUUAUGAAACAAGAUCAAAGCUGAUAUUUGCUUCAAGAAAUAAACAAGUCAAAAGUACGAGAAAGUCGAUCGGAACCGCAACGAGUAUUGGAGGCGGAGAACUCAGAGACUAAUUUCUGAUGGAUCGCAGCUUGGAUUCCAUUGGCAGCUGUUCCCUCGAUGUAGAUGCCGAUUCAUCCGAUAUAUCAGAUACCAGUGGAAGUUUGAAUUUUCCGACACCGCUCUCUGUGAAAGACAUCACGCGCGAAUUUACUGCGAACAUACGAGAACGUUGCACGCUGCGCUCCCCGCAGCAGCCACAGUAUACAACGGCGUACGUGGAUCCCCUAACGGGUCAGGUUCGCAUGGUGCUAACACCGUCGGCGUCCUCGAACGUGGAGCAUAGCCAGAACGCUGCCAACGCUAGUCUGAAAACGGCAGAGGAGACCAGCACGGUGAGCAUUAAUAUCGAUGCGGGCCUCUACGAAAAGAAACCCAGCUAUUUGAAUUUGGCUUGCUGUGUCAACGGUUAUUCCAACCUGACCACCUACGAUUCGAAAAUACGCCAGGACAUAAACAAAUCGCGUGAGGUCUCUCCCAUACGUCCAUCGACUAGCAGUCUCCAGUAUUGCAAGAAAAACAACUCGCUGGCGGCCCCCGUGCUACUCACCAUGCCAAAUGCCACAACACCACUCACAAAGCAACCAUCGCCCGGCAGCAAGUACACGCUGAUUGAGACAAACAACAACAAUAACAACAAGAACGGACAUCAUAUUGAGAAUGGAAGUGCGCAUUCGCACAAUGUCAGCAACGGCAGCACCAACGGUGAUGUGGGUAAGCAUGGGACAGGUUCGGCCAGCAGUUUUAUAAAACAACGCGUCGAGCGUCUUUACGGUCCCGGUGCAUUGGCUCAGGGAUUUUACUCGCCCAAAAAACAUGGACUGUCUCCCGUUUCGGCUCGUGGUUCGAAGCAAAGUCUGGAGGUUGAGUCACCACAAAGCACCGAGUUGGCGAGAAAAUUCAAACAACUUUCUCCCGGUAAGGAUUACGGUGAAUUCCGAAAAAAACUGGACAACAAUUGCGCCCAAACUGCCACAGCGCGUCAAACAGAAACGCAAGUCACAAUUGGAAAUAAUGGAGAUGUAGAUUUGCCGGUAUUUAGGCACUUAAGUCACGAGUUUCGGGCACAACUACCGACCGUAUCGCCGAAACGUAAUGUGUCGCGCAUUUCGCCUGCACCAGAAGUUCCACCACCAAUUCUUUCGAAUGGAAAGUGCAAAAACAAUGAUGCAACUUCCACUUCUGUGGAUACUGUUGACCACGAGGCCGUGCAAGUGCCGCAGCUGCGAUCGGAAGAGUACAUUAGUACAACCAAAAUUCUCUCUGUCGAACCCAUGCCGGCAGCUAUUAUCGAAAAAGAUGGCAAUUACUUUCUUAAAAUACUCAAAAGCGAACAGUCUCGUCUGCUCGUGCUGGCCGCUGAAGUAGACAAAUACACCGAUGCCUUAACAAACAAUCCUGAUAUUACUGAAGAUACAUUUGGACUGUUGCGAUCAGCCUCGGGCAAGGCACGUUUGUUGGUUUCCCAGAAAAUGAAACAGUUUGAGGGUUUAUGUCACAAAAAUCUAAACCGGUCACCCGAGGACGCAUUUCCCACAACAGUCGAUGAUUUGCAAGGUUUCUGGGAUAUGGUUAAUUUGCAGGUGGCGCACAUUGAUUCCAUUUUCGCAGACAUUGAGCAACUGAAGAGCAAUGAUUGGAAGCGCAAACAAGAUCCCGUCGAGGAUAUUAGUUUACCUUCAAAAUCAACGAAACUUUUGAAGACUGGGAAUUCAAAAUCGAAAACAUCGUUGGGUAAUCAACCAGGAAAUGCCAGUCCAAAAAGCUCAAAUUCAGCUGCGGCCUUAAAACGGGAAGCGCAAAGGAAGCAACUACUGGAGAUGAAACGUCAGCGUCGUGAGGCAAUGGCUGCCAUUGCAAAAAAUCAAACAGCCUGUGAUGGCGUUGUCGAGUUGCAAGAUGCAGCUGGUGAUAGCGUUAAUAUUGCCGUUGACAACAGCAGCUGAAUUCUGCACACUGCUAAUACCAAUAUAAAGAAUAUGCUCUCUAGGUCUAUCUAAAUAAUUAACACACACAUAUAAAACAUAUAUACAUAAUACACUGGUAGACAGAACACAUAUGCCUAGAAAUUCCUAGUUGAAUUAAUACUUAACUAGUCCCAACUAUAAAUGCACACGGUGUGGAGCUUCUAAUAUUGCAUAAUUAUAAUAAUUGUAAGAAUGUUAAAAUGUGUCACAAGGUGUCAAAAUGAAAACAAACGACAAAUUGGAUGCAUGUGCAUCGAUUACCCAUUUUGUUAUAUUGAUAGAGCAAUCGCAUUAUUCGCAUCAUCGAUUACAACGCUUAAAUUAUUUAUAAUGUUUGCCUUAUAUGCGUGUUUUUGCUCGUUAAAUCUUUUAGCUACGCACUUUGAAAACCACAUAAAUUGUUUGUAAUUAAUUUUUCAUACUUGGACUUGGACAUACUUUCAUACACCACACGCAUUCAAACAUAUAUAUUUUUUAAAUGAAUGUAUUUUACAAACACCUGGGAAAAAAAACAAACACAUAAAAGACAUUUAUUUUUGUGUAAUAGAAAUUUAAGUACAUGCAACAAGAGAAAAAGCUCACCAACGAAAGUGCUGCGUAUUUAUUGAUCUUUUGAUAACAUUAUUGAUAAAAGAACACAAUGAUAAAUAUAUAUAUAUUUUUUGGCAUAUUAUGUAGCUGCA